AUGUCUGUUCGUGCAUACCUAAAUGAAUUACCUGAUCAACAAGUCUUAUACCAGUUUACUGAAAAUUUGCAAUCUGAUGACGCUUACCGUGCCCUCAGUAGUUUUCAUAUGCAAGAACAUAAAUUAUUACAAGAAAUAAGAAAAAUGCUGGAAAAACGUAUUCUUCUUGAUCUGGACUA